AGAUGUGACAAUGGUAUUAGUUAUUAUUGCUCAAGCAAGUCACGGAUUGAUUCCACCUGAUGUAUUGGAACCAGUUAUAAAAGCUAUUACGAAUAAUUUUGUUUCUGAUCAUUGUUCUAAUGGAGUUAUGGCUGCUGGAUUAAAUGCCAUAAGAGAAAUUUGUGUUCGUCAACCAUUAGCCAUUGAUGCUACCUUAUUACAAGAUUUAACCGAAUAUCGUUCAGAUAGGGAUAAGAGUGUGAUGAUGGCUGCAAGAUCAUUAAUUGGAUUGUUUCGUGAGAUUAAUCCAGAAUUAUUAAAGAGAAAGGAUAGAAUUAUCGCUGAUAAAGUUGAAGGAAUAGAAUUAUUGGAAGAGUAUAAACAAAAAAUGCAAGAAGUAGAAAAUGGAUGGGAAAUAUUAUCAAAUUCAACAUCUGAAGAUGACGACGAAGCGGAAAAGAAACCAUCAACUUUGGCCAUGACUAACCUUCUUACACCAGCAGAUUUCGCCAAAUUAAAUGAACUCAAAAUGGAACACAAAGCAGAAUUAAUGGUCAAUGGAUCUAAACGUAAAAGAAGCAUUGU